AUGGUGCUCCUGUCCGGGGGCCUGCUUCGCGUGGCUUCACUGUUGGGCCCCCUGAGCUGGCAGGCCUCCUGUUGUUGCUUGCUCGCCCUGGUGCUCGGUGUGGAGUUCGCAGACUUCGGUACCGGCGUCUACCACUUCUCGGUUGACAACUACGGAUCUGCAGAGACGCCGAUCGUCGGAUCUCAGAUCGAGGCCUUCCAAGGUCACCACGAGGAGCCCUGGACGAUCACCUACAGAGACUUCUGCAACAACUGCUUCCCAACCUGUCUAGCGACGAUGCCCUUUCUCAUCGCCUUCGAGGUGUUCUGCAGUCAGCCGUACGUCCUCCUUUGGGCAGUGGUUGCUUGUGCAGGCAUUGCCUUCUGCCAGGAGUUUCACAAGUGGAGCCACACGCUCCGCUCGCAAUGCCACCCCGUUGUAAACUGGCUUCAAGACGUUGGCAUUCUGGUGCACCGGAAGGCUCACCUUCGCCACCACAAGGCCCCUUACGAGACCAACUACUGCAUCGUAACGGGCCACAUGAACCCCCUCUUGGACAGGACGGGCUUCUUCACUGGCCUGGGUGCGCUCAUCGCAAGCUGGACCGGCGUGCGUCCGCGCUGCGAAACUGGUGAGCGCUUCGACUACCUUCUCAAGAAGAGGGCUAAAUAA